AUGGGAAACUGCGGUUCUGCGGAAGAUCCUCAGAACGCCGAUGCACACGAGCGUUCCCGUGUGAUUGAGAAGCAGCUGAGGCAGGAUGAGAAACUUUUGGCGAGAGAAGUCAAGCUGUUGUUGCUUGGUGCUGGCGAGAGUGGAAAGUCAACGAUCUUAAAGCAAAUGCGACUCAUCCACACCGCCGGUUUCUCGGCAAAGGAAAGAGAAGAAUACCGUGCUGUAGUGUUCACCAACAUGCUGCAGUCAAUGCAACUUGCUCUCGAAGCUAUGGAGUAUUUCGAUAUCCACUUUUCCUUAGAAGAGAACGAGCGCUACUUUGAUCUCCUUUACAACGACCGUGAACUCGGUACCGGUGAAGGAUUCCCACCCGAAUAUUAUGCACCAUUCAAGAGCCUGUGGGUAGAUGAAGGAGUGCGCAAAGCCUGGGGCAGGGGUAACGAAUACGCGUUGCACGAUAACGCCUUCUACUUCUUCGACAAUCUUGAGAGAAUCUUCGCACCAAAAUACCUACCCACGGAUCAGGACAUCUUGCGUUGCCGUGUGAAGACCACGGGUAUUUCCGAGACUGUCUUCGAGCUUAGAGAUUUGACCUACAGGAUGUUUGACGUGGGAGGUCAACGGUCUGAACGUCGCAAGUGGAUUCAUUGCUUUGAGAAUGUCACCGCUGUCUUGUUCUUGGCGGCAAUUAGUGGCUACGAUCAGUGCCUAGCGGAGGACAAAGAUGCGAACCAGAUGCAAGAAGCGCUCAUGUUGUUUGAUUCCAUUUGCAAUUCGCAAUGGUUCAUCCAAACAAGCAUCAUUCUCUUCUUGAACAAGAUCGAUUUGUUCCGAGAAAAGAUCAACGUAUCGCCAAUCAACAGAUACUUCCCUGACUUCCAAGGUGAUCAGACGGACUACUCAGUGGCAUCAAAGUUUUUCCAGAAGAAGUUUGUGGGUGUCAAUAAGAACCCAGGAAAGGAUAUUUAUUCCCACUGGACUAACGCUACGGAUACCAAUCUCCUGCGAAACGUCUUCAUCUCGGUCAGCGAUAUUAUUCUUCAGAAGAACUUGCAGACCGCCGUAUUCUGA